AUGAAAUUUCUCAAUAUCUUCUCUGCCUCUUUCGCUCUGUCUAGCGCUCUCUUGACACAAGCGGCCCGGCCCUUGGAGAACCUCGGCCGAGGCGUUGUAGCUGUCCGCGCAAACGACGAAGAAACCUUGGUCACCUGGCGUCUCCUUGGACUCGACCCAUCGGGAAUUGGCUUUAACGUCUAUCGCGACACGGGAAGCUCUCCGACAAAGCUUAAUGAGCAAGUUCUUACGGGCGGCACCAAUUUUCUUGACUCUACUGCUGACCCGGAUGAAGUCAACACCUACUUCGUGCGGCCUGUCAUUGGCGGCAAGGAACAAGCAGCGAGCGGAUCUUUCAGUCUACCUGCCAAGAACGCGGUCGAACCGGUUGUCCGAGUCCCUAUCCGCAGCGGUGGCGCUGUUAAAUUUGUCUGGGUAGGCGAUCUUGACGGAGAUGGCGAGUGGAACUACAUUCUCGACCGACAGACUUCACCUCAGACCAUCGAGGCUUACACCAACAACGGCACUUUUCUCUGGGAAAUUGACCUGGGCCCGAACAGCGAAAAUCAGAACAAUAUUGAGCCAGGAUCUUCGACCAUUGACGUCGGCCACUGGGAUGGUGUCACUGUUUUUGAUUUCGACAGUGACGGACGUGCGGAAGUUGCUAUUCGUAUCGCCAAUGGAGUUGUGUUUGGAGAUGGGAAGACGUUCGACGAUGGAGACACAGAUAAUCAUCAGUACAUGGCCAUUAUGGACGGGCUUACAGGAGCCCUUCGCGCCUCCGCCCCGGUUCCUACGGAUUACAUCGACGACGGACCGCUCGCCGCCCGUCUUGGUGCCGGAUUUCUCGACGGAGAGACACCUCAUCUCGUUGCGUACAUGAAGAACCGUAUCGGUUCUGGCGAAUUCAACUUGAUGUAUGUGACCUGGACCUUCGACGGCACAUUUAUGCAGCAGAAGUGGAAAUGGAAUCGUGGUGACAAGAACUUCCCCGACGGGCAUAACACGCGCAUCAUUGACCUCGACGGAAACGGCAAGGAUGAGGUCCUCGAGAUUGGCUUUGCUCUCAAUGGAGAUGGCACGGAGAGGUAUACUCUCGGAGACCAAGGCGUUAUCCACGGCGAUCGGUUCCACCUCGCCAAGAUUGACCCCGAUCGCGCCGGCCUUCAGGGGUACGGUGUGCAGCAACGAAACCCUUAUCUCAUAUACGAGUACUACUACGAUGGCUCAUCUGGUGAGAUUAUCUGGAAGCAUGUCGGCGACAACGUGACCGACGUUGCCCGUGGCAUGGUCGGUGAUAUUGACCCAACCCACCCUGGUAUGGAAGUUUGGUCGUUUUCGGGAGUCUACAACGCCAAAGAGAAUGAACUCACAGAGUCGAAUACUGAGCUCGCGCCUUGGCCUCAUCUGGGCCUCUGGUGGGAUGGAGACGAGCUACUCGAACUUUUCAACGAUGGCAAGUUCGAGAAGUGGGAUUGGGAGAACCCUAGCACCUCCAAUAGUCUCCCUCGCAUCUUGAGAGUCAGCGAUUUUGGUGGGGUGACUGCCGGAAGAUACCCUAACUUCAUUGGUGACAUCCUCGGUGACUGGCGAGAGGAGGUCAUCGUUACGAAUGAAGCUGCCGAUGAGUUGUUAAUUUUCACGACGGACAAGCCGAGUGAUAUCCGCUUAUAUACUCUGGCUCAUAACCCUGCAUAUCGCAACGCAAUGACUCUGAAGGGGUACAUGCAAUCUCACCAUGUCGACUACUUUUUGGGAAAAGAUAUGAAGACGCCACCCCGGCCAAAUAUUCGAUACACGGUCGCUAAGUAG